GACUCGCAUUGAUUAGUUAGUGUAUCAUUCGUCGUCGAGUUUGGGUCACAGCAUGGCAACUUCCUGGAAUAGACCUUCGGAGCUGGAAUUCCCUCGGGUGUGGAUUACAUUCCAGGCCCGGGAUCUGGAUAGCGAUCGUUUGGUAACCUAUCGGGUUCAGGAUCUACCACCAAAUCGUGCCGAAGAUGCCAUCGCACAUAUGAAGAAACAUUUCCUCAGAGAUGAACCCAUGUGUGGCAGCGUUGGUCUCUACAAGGAUCCGGUGGCACUGGAGGAGUUUAGUGAAAUGUGGAAAAACAUCAUCCAACAGAAACUCCCAGUAGUCUGCUUCCGGGAGGGGUCCGAUGAAAUUGUCGGUUUGAAUAUGUUGUGCAUCGUUUCGAAGGCCGACCAAAAAGAGUACAAGUUCCAAAGCGCCAACUUGCGGACCGUUUACGAGUCAUACGUAAGUUUGCUCAAACAAGCGAGCAUCUUCGAGAAGUACAAAGUUGACCAUUACCUGUCGGCCUGGGGAUUGUCAGUGGAUCCGCGAUAUCGUGGCCGGGGCAUCGGAACGGAAUUGCUGCGCGCCCGGAUUCCCAUGUGUCGCUCCAUGGGACUCACCGUAACGGUGACGCUGUUCUCCAAUCCCGGAUCGCAGAUACCGGCCGCCAAGGUUGGCUUCUAUGACGAGAUAGUUGUCACCUAUGGUCAGCUGGCGGAACAGGGUUGGCUCUUCCCGGGCGUCACAUACGAGUUCAACAAGCUGAUGACCAUGAUCGUGCAGUAGGAUGCGCUGAGAAGUGAAAAUCCACAAUAAAAUAUUUAGAUUAAAGAAGUGCGGGUUUAUUUCAAACUUAAUAGUUUGAGCAGCUCAACGAUUCCGCCAUAAAAUACCACACUUAUAAAUUUCAACCAUAUUUUCAUUGCAUGGAAUACUACAGGAAUCAAAAAUAAUAUACCAAUUAACGCUGCUUUCGUUUUAUUUUCCUUUAAAAAAAAUCUUGGUUGAUAAGCGAUUUAUUUAUCUAUAGGUACUCCCAAGUUGGGAGGCCCAACACUUUUAUGGCACAAUGAAGAAAAUCCGUUCAAAUCAAUAAACAUUCCAAUAAACAUUCUCGAAGUCGUUAUUAAAGUA